UGAAGCUGAGAAAGUUCUCAUUUCAUUAGACGAAACCCUCAAAAAUAAGAGAAGACGUCUUAAAAAACUCUUUUCAAAAACAUCCUCCACCACUUCCGAGGGACCUCUUGUUGAUUCCAUGUCAAGUGACAAAAUCUCCGGUCCUUCUCGUAGUUCCAUCAUCGAUCCUUCAAAUCCAUUGUCUAAACCCUCGAAAUCAUCUUCUUUCAGGAAAGAAACAAAAGAGGAGGUGGUGGUGAUCUCUGACAAUGAAUCAACUUCCACCUCUACAGCACCUACGACAAACGGUCCUACGACGCCCCCUACAGUAUCAGUGAGGAUGAAAAGCAAUGAUGAGGUGUUAGUACCUAAUUCCGAUGAUGUCCCGAUAAUGUCACAAGGGUCUAAGAAGGAUGGGAGUGAUGAUGAGUUUGAUACUUUAUGGAAUAGUCAACUGGAGAGGGAUGUGUUGGCUAUUGAGAAGGGGGCAAUGGGGUCUGGAAGAGAGAGAUGAUGAGUAAACUUUUUCUGGAGUGGUCCUUGCUCCUUCCCCUCUUCCGGGCUUUCAUCCUCACCUUUUCGCGUCUCAUCUACCAGCUCCUUUCCUCAUGUAUAUAAUCCCUUCUCUCCUUAUCCUCCUCUCUCACAUCUCCCUCAUCGUCGCCUCCGUCAGAAAACGAUUUCACAUACCACCCUCAUGUAGAGGUUUUACAACAAUAGAGCUUUAGAGCUUAUGUACUACGGAACUUAUGUCAUUUUAUGCAUUUCAUAUUACACGUUUU